AAAUUUGAUCCCGCUAUCCGUACAAACUUUUAGUGUUAAGUCCAAUGGAUCAAGGCAAAUCGACCAAAGGCCACACGAGAAGGACAACUGAUCGUCUCCAGCACGAUGGCAUUGAAGGGUAUCCGAGUGGUGGAGUUAGCAGGGCUAGCCCCAGCCCCUUUCUGUGCAAUGAUAUUAGCUGACUUUGGGGCUAAGGUUGUCCGAGUUGACAGAGUGAAGUCACAGAUGGGGACAGACAGACUUGGGAGAGGCAAACAGUCUGUGGCUGUAGACCUUAAGAAGAAGGAGGGAGUGGAGGUGGUGAGGAGGAUGUGUUCUAAAGCUGAUGUCGUUAUAGAACCAUUCAGGACAGGUGUGAUGGAGAAACUGGGUCUGGGGCCAGACAAACUCCUGUCAGACAACCCACGACUAGUGUAUGCCAGAUUGACUGGUUUUGGUCAGCAGGGACCCUGGGCAGCUAAAGCUGGGCAUGACGUCAACUACAUUUCUCUGGCAGGUAUUCUUGGUCAGCUGGGAAGGAAGGGAGAACGUCCAUAUCCUCCAAUCAACUUGCUGGCAGACUUCGCUGGAGGUGGCCUGACUUGUGCUUUUGGGAUCACUAUGGCUUUGUUUGAAAGGUCAACCUCGGGCAAAGGUCAAGUGAUAGAUUCCAACAUGGUGGAAGGCUCGGCUUACAUUGGAACAUGGCUGUGGAAGUCCAGACCUAUGCCUAUCUGGGGUAAGGAAAGAGGAGAUAAUGUGUUGGACGGUGGAUCUCCCUUCUAUGACACUUACGAAACCAAGGAUGGGAAAUAUGUAGGUGUCGGUGCCCUGGAACCCCAGUUUUUCAAUGAUUUAGUAAAAGGACUUGGGUUAAGCAAUGAAGUUUCGCAGUUUGAUGACCCUGCUGAAAUGCGACAGAAAUUCAAGGAAAGGUUCCUGUCAAAGAGCCGUGAUGAAUGGGAUGUUGUGUUUGAUGGUCUGGACGCUUGCUACAGUCCCAUACUUGAUCACAAUGAGGCCCCCUUACACCCACACAACGUGCAUAACAAGAGUUUCCUAAAGGACGCCAAGGGUCGGUAUGAACCAGCACCUGCUCCUAGGCUUUCCCGAACUCCAGGGGUUGACGAAGUGUAUCCCACCCCAAGGAUAGGAGAACACACAUCUGAAGUGUUACAGGAAAUCGGCUUCUCGCAGAACGAGAUCAACAGCUUUAUUAGUAAUGGUGCAGUAGAAAACAAUAAGGGAUCAUCAAAAUUAUAGUUCACCAUUGUAGGAAUAUAGAACUAUUUUUACAUUGGUGACAUCAAAUUGUGUUAGGGUUCAUGUGAUUUCCCAAACAGUACGAUCAUCACCAGGUGUACAUGGGUGUUAUGAUACGGUAUGAUUCUCUCUGCUGUUUCUUGAUAUCAGUAUAGAGGAUUUGGCUAGAGAUAAUGGCAAACAAAUUUAUAGUUCUCGGGAAUUUUAUGAUUUAGAGAAAGAGAGAGAGAGAGAGAGCAGAAUUACAAUAUUUGUAAUGUAUAAGUUACAAUACUGAUUUUUUAGAAUUCAUGUGUGUAAGAGCAAUAUUUUGUUAGUUAAAUAUUAACACGAUCAUUUUGGGUAUAACUCAUCUCUGAAACAGAUGGACAGUUACUGGAAUAUGUGUGAUUAUAUACAGAAAUAAUAUGGUACAUAACUGUAUCUUCAAUAGGAGCACACAUUCAACACUGGGAAAUUUCUUUUGAAAAUCCCAAGGACAUAAUUUAAUGGGGUGAAAAGGUAACUACAGCAUGAGUGAGAUCAAGGCAGUCAAAUAACCUUGUCUUCAAGUAGUUUGAGUAAACUUGAUAUAUUUUGUAUAACUGAUUGUAAAUGAAUGUAAUGAGAUGUACUUUUAUAAUUUACAGCUAAAUGAAUAAACUGAAAAUGGUUUGGUGAUGUGUUGCUCCACU